UUUUCCCUAUAUAUCUCUAUAUAUAUAAACACUUCACCUACUAAGACAUCAUUUGAAACACAAAAGCUAGCUAGAGAAAAAGAUUGAGCUAGAGAAAACCAAAAAAUAAGAUUUAAAUUGUAGUGACAUAUAUAAUAGUAGCUAGACUAGAUGGAGUUCAAGAAGGGUUAUCUUGAUCUAAUCCUGGUACCCUUAUCUUUUAUGGUAUCCAUCAGCUAUCACCUUUGGUUGUGGCAUAAGGUUCGAACUCAACCCCUCUCCACUGUUAUCGGUACCAAUGCUCAUGGACGCCGCUUGUGGGUAUCAACCAUUAUGAAGGAUAAUGAUAAGAAAAACAUCUUAGCCGUUCAGACAAUAAGAAACUCAAUCAUGGGAUCAACCUUAAUGGCAACAACAUCAAUACUUUUGUGUUCUGGUUUAGCAGCAGUUAUCAGCAGUACUUACAGUGUCAAAAAACCGCUUAACGACACAAUCUAUGGGGCACAUGGAGAGUUCAUGGUAGCGUUAAAAUAUGUAACGCUCCUUGUUCUGUUUCUAUUUUCUUUCAUUUGUCAUUCUCUAUCAAUCCGGUUUAUUAGCCAAGUGAACUUCUUGAUCAACUGCCCACAAGAUUCUACAAUAGUCACGACCUCGUAUGUGUCUGAGCUUCUAGAGAAGAGUUUCACGCUCAAUGCAUUAGGGAACCGCAUAUUUUAUCUAGCGCUCCCAAUCGUGCUUUGGAUUUUUGGGCCGGUUCUUGUGUUAUUAUGUUCCCUUAGCAUGGUGCCUAUACUUUACAAUCUUGAUUUCUUGUUUGGAGAUUCAAUGAAAGGGAGAGUGAGUGAAGUUGCAAAUGAGGUUUAAUUAUAUGUUAUUCGAUCUUGACAUUGUAAUCAUUUUUUGUAUGAUUUGUUGUCAUUAUUUAUAUAACUAAAUAUAUGUAUGCGUUUAACUUAUUAAUGAUUACA